AAAGUAAAGGGGUGUGAGCCUCUGAUAAGACUCGGCCUGCGGGGAGGGGCGUGGUGGCGCGGAUUGGGACAGUAGGUGACGGAGUCUCGCAUAUACAGUGAGGCACGGCGGCAGGAGCGCGUCUAUUCCCAGGCGGCGUCGGGCAGUUCCUUCUCAGCUAUGGCGGAGGCACACCAGGCUGUGGCUUUUCAGUUCACCAUCACUCCAGAGGGCAUCGAUGUGCAGCUCUCCCACCAGGCGCUUGCUGAGGUGUACCGGUCCGGGGUGCGGUCCUGGAAGAAGAGGCUGGCUCGAAUGAAGAACACUGUCCUCACUGGUGUGUACCCCGCCAGCCCCUCCUCCUGGCUCUUUGUGGUUACUGCUACACUGGCAACCAUGUAUAUGGGCAGCUCAGAUCCUUCUAUGGGCCUCAUCAGGAAAAUCCAGGAACACCUGCCCACCAGCGGCUCCCCAAGUGGCCAGUCCCAGGCGGUGUUGUCGGCCGUGCUCUUUAGCACGCUGCUCUGGUUGCUCCUUAUCCACGCCAUGCGCCUCUGCCUCAGGAUGCUGCUCUCCUACCACGGCUGGAUGUUUCAGCAGCACGGCAAGAUGUCCGUCACCACCAAAGUCUGGAGUGUGCUUGUGUGCCUCCUGUCCAGCAGGCAGCCUCUGCUGUACAGCUACCAGGCGUCUCUGCCCCACCUGCCAGUUCCUGCUGUAAAAGACACCGUUCGCAGAUACUUGGAGUCAGUGCGGCCCAUAAUGAGGGACGAGGAGUUCGAUCAUAUCACUCUGCUGGCGGCCCAGUUUCUGGAUGGUUUGGGGAAGCGGCUCCAGUGGUACCUCAAGCUCAAGGCUUUGUGGGCAGGGAACUACGUGAGCGACUGGUGGGAGGAGUACGUCUACCUGAGAAGCCGCACCCCCAUCAUGGUGAACAGCAACUACUACGGCAUGGACUUUCUCUACGUGACACCGAGCAGCCUGCAAGCAGCCCGGGCCGGGAACGCUGUCACCGCCUUCCUGCUGUACCGGCGCAAACUGAACAGAGAAGAGAUCAAGCCUAGUCGAAUCCCGGGGACAGUCAUCCCCCUCUGCUCAGCGCAGUGGGAGCGAAUGUUCAACUCUGCGCGUAUUCCUGGUGAAAAGACCGAUACCCUGCAGCACUGUCAGGACAGUGACCAUGUGGCAGUCUACCACCGGGGGCGCUAUUUUAGGCUACCAGUUUACAGGGCUGGGAGACUACUCUCACCACGAGAGAUUGAGUGCCAGAUGCAGAGGAUCCUGGAGAACCAGUCGCCCCCCUCCCCCGGAGAGGAGAAGCUUGGGGCUCUGACUGCAGGCAGCAGGGUGCCCUGGGCUCAGGUGAGGAAGCAGUUUUUCAGCUCGGGGGUGAACAAGCGCUCACUAGACUGCAUCGAGAAGGCGGCUUUCUUUGUAACCCUUGACGACGACGAGCAGGGCAUGAAGGGGGAUGAUCCCACCGGCAACCUGGACCGCUAUGCCAAGUCCUUGCUGCACGGGAAGUGUUAUGACAGGUGGUUUGAUAAGUCCAUUUCCCUGGUUGUGUAUAAGAACGGGAAGACGGGCCUGAAUGCUGAGCACUCCUGGGCUGAUGCCCCGACGGUGGCUCACCUGUGGGAGUAUGUCCUUGCCACAGACGCCUUCCAGCUGGGCUACAAUGAGGAAGGACACUGCAAGGGCAAUGUAGACCCUGGACUGCCCCCACCACAGCGACUGCUUUGGGACAUCCCCCCAGAAUGUCAGGAGGUGGUAACUCGGUCUCUGGCAGAAGCUCAGACCCUGGCCUGCGAUGUCAGCUUCCAUGUGUUCCCCUUCCGGGACUUCGGCAAGAGACUUAUAAAGAGGCACAAAACGAGCCCAGAUGCCUUCGUCCAGCUGGUUCUACAGCUUGCUUACUAUAGGAUCAGGGGAACGUUCUGCCUGACCUACGAGGCGUCUAUGACACGGCUGUUCCGGGAGGGCAGGACGGAGACAGUGCGCUCCUGCUCAGCUGAAAGCAGCAAGUUUGUGAAGGCAUUGGAAGAUGGGGAGGGGCCGGAACUCUGCAGGAGGCUCUUCCAAUUGGCAGCUGAGAAGCAUCAGAACCUCUACCGAUUGGCCAUGACUGGGUCAGGCAUUGACAGACACCUCUUUUGCCUGUAUGUGGUCUCUCAGUACCUGGGAAUAGAGUCACCUUUUCUCAGCAAGGUGCUGUCUGAGCCAUGGCGCCUGUCUACUAGUCAGACUUCAGUCCAGCAGGUGGAGCUGUUCGAUCUGGUCAACCAUCCUGAAUACAUCUCGUUGGGCGGAGGCUUUGGGCCGGUGGCUGACGAUGGUUAUGGAGUCUCCUACAACUUUUCAGGGGAGGACAUGAUAAACUUCCACAUCUCCUCCAAGCAGUCGUGCGCACAGUCUGACUCUCACAAGUUUGGAGACCAGAUCAAACAAGCACUCUUAGACCUGCGCGACCUGCUUAGUGAAGAUGACAGGACCAAGAAGCCAGCAAGCAAGAAAGACAUUUAGAUAUGCAGAGCAAGAAAGAGGCAGGCAGACAGGCUGGUUGGGGAUACCAGGACUGCUAGACCAGAGUUGACUAUCAGGCAGACCAGCUACCUCAUCCGCAGCUCAAGUGUGGACACAAGUAGUGAAGGGAGCAGAGAAAAACAAGGACAUUGUCUAUCAGUAUAGCUGCAGAGCUGUCUGAACACCAGUCUGACCGUGUUCCACAGCAGGUGUUGAGGAACAGAGACGAUAUCUUUUGUCACAGUACUCCAGACCUCGCUCAUCUUUUAAUCAAAACAAGGCUCUGUCACCUCUGUCUUUUAUUUAUUUGAUCUGUCUCUAGUUUUAUUACUCUCUGAUUUUGGUAUUUGUCACAUAUUGUUGUUCUUAAUUUAAUUUUUAUUCUUAAACUUUUUUUUUUACUUAAAAAUGUAUAUUUUAAUAUUUGAGGACUGUUUUGACACUAAAUUACACCUUAGUUUAUCCCACUGCUUAACCUGGUCAGGGAUGGGGGGUGGGGCAUGAGCCUGUGAAUGGUGAGUUUGUGUGCCUUGCAGUGGGUGAACCCCCCCCUGUGCCCACAGCUUCUGGGUAUAGGGUCCGGACCCCCAUGACCCCGCAUAGGAUAAGCGCUAUAGAAGAUCUUCCCCUUUGCCCUCCCUGUGUGUGACCCUAUUCCCUACGAAAAAAUAGUCAAUGGAAUUACCAGGUAAAAAAACAUGUAUAUUUUAAAGUUAGAAUCGAUUCUUAAAAUGAAACAUUCAGAUUGAAUGAGCUGAUAUUUCAGUAUCAAGCAGCACACCACAGGGAGCAAUGGACAUGAUACCUCUGACAAUGUAUGUUGUUAAUGAUAGUUUUAGAGAGUCAAACGGUUGCAUACGGUGUAUAAUAAUAAUAAUAAUAAUAAUAAUAAUAAUAAUAAUAACAAUAAUAAUUAAAAAAAACCCUAAAGAAAGUGUAUGUUAUGUACCUGAUAAUUCUCCGUGGUUGAUGUAUAACGUACAUAACUAUGUAAAGGAUACUCAUAAGCAUAAAGUAUUGUUUUUGAACUUUA